CCAUGCCGUUCGUGGGGAAGGAGGAGGCGGCGGACGGGCCCGGAGGAGGCGGAGGAGGAGGAGGAGGAGGAGGAACCGGCCCCGCCAAGAGCCGCAAGCCGGACAACACGGCCUUCAAGCAGCAGCGCCUGCCCGCCUGGCAGCCCAUCCUGACGGCCGGCACCGUGCUGCCCGCCUUCUUCGUCAUCGGCCUCAUCUUCAUCCCCAUCGGCAUCGGCAUCUUCGUCACCUCCAACAACAUCCGGCAGAUCGAGAUUGAUUACACAGGAACAGAAGCUGAUAGUCCCUGUAAUAAGUGUUUGUCUUGGAAUCAAACAGCAUCUUGCAUCUGCAACAUUAACUUUACCCUGGAACAAGCUUUUGAGGGCAAUGUGUUUAUGUAUUACGGAUUGUCCAAUUUCUAUCAAAAUCAUCGCCGUUACGUGAAAUCUCGAGACGAUAGCCAACUCAAUGGCGACAAUAGCUCCUUAACCAAUCCCAGUAAGGAGUGUGAGCCCUAUCGCAGGAAUGAGGAUAAAGCCAUUGCUCCUUGCGGAGCUAUUGCCAAUAGCAUGUUUAACGAUACGUUGGAAUUGUUCCGCAUUGACAAUGAUACGAUGUCUGCCAUUCCAUUAAAAAACAGAGGUAUUGCUUGGUGGACAGAUAAAAAUGUGAAAUUCAGAAAUCCUUCUGGAGCAACACAUAACCUGUCAGCACUUUUUAAAGAUACAACGAAGCCCGUCAACUGGCCCAAGCCCGUGUACAUGCUGGAUCGCGAUCCUGACAACAACGGGUUUAUCAACGAGGACUUUAUCGUGUGGAUGCGCACGGCGGCCCUGCCCACUUUCCGUAAGCUCUAUCGACUGAUCGAGAAGAAGAGCGGCUUGCAGCCCACGUUACCUGCGGGCCAGUACUCUCUGAAAGUCACGUACAAUUACCCCGUCCAUAGUUUCGACGGCCGAAAAAGGAUGAUCCUGAGUACCGUGUCGUGGAUGGGAGGCAAAAAUCCAUUUUUGGGAAUUGCGUACAUCACAGUCGGCUCCAUCUGCUUCUUCUUGGGCGUGGUGCUGCUCUUCAUUCAUCACAAAUACGGGAACAGAAAUAACAGCGCCGACAUUCCCAAUUGAUUUUUCUCUCCUGAAACCAAAUCCACUGCAUGUGCAUCAAGGCCAGUCCCAACCCAACCUAGCUCCCAAACACUAAACGCCCGGGUUGCACGUCAUUCCCAAGGCCACGUAGCCUUUUCCUGAAGCCCCGCGGCCCCUGGCUUCCCGUCCUGAGGACGUGACUGGUGAAAAUGCGGCAGGGACGUAAACGGACAGCGGCUCCGUCGAUCACCUCGACGCCGAGCCUGCCGAGAUGGCUUUCUAAUGUGGCCCCGUGGUGCAUAUAUAAAACGCCCCCCUCCCUCCCCGGUAAUGCAUCUGCUGCUUGAGUGUUUGUGCUCCGUCGGUUAUAAUCUAAUCCCUGUCUGGUGUCGUGUACGUAGAAGGUGUGGGAGAAAGAGAGGGGAGCGGAAGGUUUGAGAACCGGACUCGUUAGCCUGUUGGGAUUCAGGAGGCCGGGGGAAGGUAGAGAAGGCCCAAGGCUAAAUAAACCACUUCCCACCUUUCCUACGUCCCGUUCAUAGGCGUUAAGGUCAAGCCCGUUUCUGAUUUAAAAAAGGACUCGCCCACUGUCCCGAAGGGCAGAGGCCCGCCAGGAGGUCGGCCCAACGGUAGCUUCCCGGCCAACUGGGAAGGUGAGUCGUUUCCUUUUGGAUCCCAUUGCGACGGCAGCGGCCUCCAGCUCGCUCCGAAUGAGGCGUGACAGCCCCCGAGUACAACCUUCACUGAGAGAAGAGCCGUCUAAACGGGUCGAGAAAGCGAGACCGCUCCAAGUCCUGCCUUAGAGUCCGGGGCCCGUUGCCGCGAGGAAAUUCAGUAUCAUUGCCCGGGCCGGGAGCUUAAAGCCGACGCCUUGUUGGAGAGCGCGUGCCCCAGUUAGGUCCUGGAGCCGGCAAGGUUACAACCCAAGGUCAAAGCCUCCCUUGAGGACGAUGACCCGAGUUUGACCCGAAAAGCUAAUUUCAGGUCACACUGCGGGUGUGAUCUGCAGUUCCAUCCCAGUUGCUUGCGUGGGUCUUCCUGGGACCGGAGUUCUUUUGAAAAACAAAACAAAAUCAAACACCACAAAAAAAUCCCCCGCUCGCUUCUGGGGAUUCUAGAUUAAGCAUCUGAUCAAAUGGUUAGAGGUAACGGUAGGGAUUAUCCAAUCCAGAUAGUCAACAUUGAAUAAACGGGGGAACGUGCUAGGGAACUUGUACUUGAAACGAAUGUAAAUUAUUCCGCCUGCAUGAAAGUGCAUGUUUUAAAUUGCUUUCAGAUUGCUUAUGUUUUUGUCGAUUGAAAUUACCCUCCAAUACAGGUCCGGUAAUAACACACAAGGUGUCUGUUGAAAAUAUGUACUUAUUGUAUGGAUAUCUUUUAAGUCUCAAAUCUGGGUAUUGGGUCUAGUUUGUUUAACUAAAUUUAACAGUAGGAGGGUUAAAAGUGCCACACGUCUUCUUGCUUCAUGUACAUACCUGUGUAUGUGUGUGUGUGUAUAACAGGAUGAGACCCUGUGGUGCAAAGGUGACUUUGUUCAGCGGAGAAGAUGGCUUGCAAGGGCCCUGAGAUGUGAUUAUCGCAGAGGCGGUCUGUUUUUCUAGGCUUGACGUCAUUUGGGGGGCUUCUUUGAGACUCGUUUUAGGAAGGAGAGUUUCAUCUCUCAAGCUAGGUGGGGGAAUGAGGAGGGAGGAAGGUGGGGUGAUCAGGACCCACGGGGUCCUUUUCCAACAGCUCUCCCGGGUGACGAGAUUGUCAUGGUAUCAGGAGUUUGUCGGUUCACCCGGGCUCCACCUCUCCGUGCUUAAAUCUGACCUUUGCUGCCUAAAAAUGGGGUGACUCUGCAGAGCCUGCACCCCAAAGUAGGGCCGGGGAGAGCUCCCCGCCUUCCAAGUUUUCUGCUGGUCUCUGGUGUACCCAGAUGGUUUGUACAACUUGCAAAAGACUCUCAUCCAGUAUCUCGGAUUGUAGAGAGUCCACAAAUCCAGUAAACUCAUCGUGGGUUAAUGUGCAGAAAGCACCUAGAAGCGUGAAAGACUUCCUUUGAAAUAGUCAAAGCCGGGAAAUGUCACGGAAAUGAGAAAGCAGUUUUAAAUAUUUCAGCAGCAACCUCCUCACGGAGGAUCAUCUAACCAGUACGAGUCGAGUUGGAAUAGAAUUUGUUCAUUGGGCUAGUGAAAAAACUUCUCUGUACCCUCGGUUAUAUGAAGAGAUUAAUUUUUCGUUAGAAUCCGUUACAGCUUAAUAAAAGUGAACUGGAUUUGUUC